AUGGGGAAGUUAUCAGGAGAAAUCAUCUACUCAUUGAGCAUGGAUGGCUGCAUUGAUUGGCUGGUGGACCUCAAGAAGUAUAUGGCCUUGGCAGGUGAGCCAGUGCGUGUGAAAUGCGCUCUUUUCUACAGCUAUAUCCGCACAAACUACAGCAUGGCACAAAGCACAGGGCUGCGUCUGAUGUGGUACAAAAACAAAGGGGAUUUCGAAGAGCCCAUUAUCUUCUCGGAAGGGAGGAUCAACAAGGAUGAAGACUCCAUCUGGUUUCACACAGCAGAAGUCCAAGACAGCGGCUUCUACACCUGCGUUUUAAGAAACUCAACGUACUGCAUGAAAGUAUCCAUGUCGUUGACAGUUGCCGAAAAUGAACUUGGACUUUGUUACAACAGCACAAUUCGUUACUUAGAAAAAUCAGAAAUCACCAGGACCAAAGUCAUUUCCUGCCCAGAUACCGAGGAUUAUAAAAUGGGCAAGCAAGAGCCAGAUAUAAUCUGGUAUAAGCAAAACAGCAUUCAUAAAUCAGGUCUGGUAAACAGUGAUACUCUCAAACUCAUCCCUCUUGAUGCCUUCAUGUUAAAUAGAAACACCAUUCCUGAAAUCAAGAUGACUGCUUUAGUCACCAACAGACCACCUCAGCCGUUGUAUCCAGUAGAGAAUCAGACGAGUCUUCUCGAAGUCCAGUUGGGUCAACCCCUCAAUGUGGUUUGCAAAGCGUUUUUUGGCUUCAGCGGCGAGUCGGGCCCCAUGAUCUACUGGACGCGAGGGGAAAAAUUUAUCGAAGAACUGGAAAGUCAUGUUAAAGAAGGCGAAAUCAGGCUCCUCAAAGAGCACCUUGGAGAAAAAAUUGUGGAGUUAACAUUAAUCUUUGACAUUGUGAAAGAAGCAGACCUAGCCAAUUACACAUGCCAUGUCGAAAACAGAAAUGGGAAGAAACAGGCGAGCAUCAUUCUGAGAAAACGAGAUCUGAUCUCCAGAAUUGAACUUGCUGGAGGUUUGGGAGCUAUAUUUCUCUUACUGGUUUUACUUGUAACCAUCUAUAAGUGCUACAAUAUAGAGCUGAUGCUAUGUUACAGACAGAUGUUUGGAGGAGAUGAAGCCAUGGAUGACAACAAAGAAUACGACGCCUACUUGUCAUACACAAAAGUCGAUCCCGAUACAUUAGACCGCGACAAUCGGGAGGAAGAACAAUUUGUCCUUGAAAUUUUGCCAGAUGUUCUGGAGAAGCAGUACGGAUAUAAGCUCUUCAUUCCAGACCGGGACCUCAUCCCUACUGGGACCUAUCUCGAAGACCUCACCCGAUGCAUAGAACAAAGCCGCCGUCUCCUGAUUGUCCUCACGCCGGAUUACGUACUCCGACGAGGGUGGAGUAUUUUCGAGAUGGAAAACCGACUCCACAACAUGCUCCUCGGCGGGGAGAUCAAAGUCAUUUUCAUCGAGUGCCCCCAGCUGAGAGGGAAAGUCAACUACCAAGAGGUGGAAUCCUUGAAGCACAGCAUCAAACUCUUCUCGGUCAUCCCGUGGAAAGGGCCCCAAAGUAACAAGCCAAAUUCUAAAUUUUGGAAACAUUUGCUCUAUGAGAUGCCGGCUAAGAAGAAAGAAGUGAUCUCGCGGCGCCAAGUCCUGGAUUCCGCCGAGCAGGGUCUCUUUGCUGACCUCCAAACAGUGCCUUCCAUCGCAGUGACGGACACUUCUGCUACUUUAAUUUCAUCUCAGGCAGACUUGGGCGAUUAUCCGCCCACCAACACAGCACAGAUGAGACACUACUGCAGAGGUUACGACUACAACGUGCAGUCCGCGACUCUCCCGCUCGCUGCCAUAAGCAGUAACCACCACACUUACUGCAAUAUACCCCUGACACUUCUCAACGGGCAGUUGCCGCUGAACAGCAGUGUGAAGGAUGUCCAGGACUUCCACAGAAACCCUUCUUUGCUCCCCUUAUCCACGAGAGAGUUGAGUUUCACCAGCGAUAUAUGGUAGCAGAGAU